CUUGUUCUCGCAGACCUGACCAUCGGAAGUGUCAACCCAUGUGUGCACAGCUGAUGGUCCGUGCUCUGUUCGCGAACCUUCCAGCAGCGCACGAGGGUGCAGCAAAGAUGCGGCUGGGCUUCUUGACCACAGCCUUCUUCUCGGAAACCUUGCCCUUCGAGUAUGCCCGCAACGGCUGUAACCGCAGAUCUGGCGAUUCUGGCCAGACCCCCGCCAAGAUCGUCCUGAAAAUGCGAACCAUCUUCCUUCUUUUGGUCCCGCUGGGCCUCAGGGCCGUGCUUGUGCAUUCCAAUGGUGAGAUCACACCACCAAGCACACGAGCAAACACGACGAUGCAUCUCGAUGUCAUUUCCUUCCGUGCAGGGCCGUCUGUUGGUGGAAGGGGCCUCCAGGAGCUCAAGAAGAAAGUGGCGGGCAUCAGCACAGACGGCGAUAAGGCAAAGGAGAAAGACCUGCCAUCAAAGAAAUGCUUCUGGGUACGCACGACUGAUGGAUGCCAUGGGAUGCAUGUGGUCCGAUGGAUGCAUCUGUUGCAUGCUAUUGGCUGAUGGGUAUGUGAUCUGAUCCAUAUGCAGGAUGGUGAGUGUUCCGUCAAGUCAGGUGAGCGGUGCAUGCCUCCGCCAGCCAACAAGAAGACUGGCCAGAGCAGACUCGGCCUGGCCAGUGCCGGCAUCUGCACAAAGGUCAAUGCCAGCUGCCCUCUCAAGCUCACCAACUUCCACGUCUCAGCCAAACCCCCAGCACAGGUGCGUGCAUAGACAGGAAACCGACCCACCAAUUGACUCAUCGGAAUGGCCUUCGAACCGUCUUGUUCUGGUCUUCCUGCACUCUUGUUUGUGUCAUCGAUCGGGUCAGGUGUUGACUUCGUUCAGUUUGGCUGAUUGCAACGGCAAGCCGGUGGCGUCCGAUGUGCGCUUCAGGGUGGAAGAGGUCAGCGCGGGGGCACAUGGCUGCCCAACAAACAUGCUUCCCCAUUGAUCGUUGUCUUUGUGGAUGGCUGGCAGGACGGCGAAUGGGACAGCAAUGAGAACAGUUGGUACCUGCUGCAGGUGCGGUGCGGGAGGGAUGGGGCCAUGGAUGGGAUGGAUAGCUAGAGGCAUCGAUCAUCCUGAGCCUCAUGUGUCUGCAUCAAUGCGUCAAUCUGUGUAUGUGUGCGCCGCAGAAUGCAACGUCCAAGUCGUUUGUGAUGUUUCUGGUCGACAUGUCCGCGUCUGCGAGAGAGUCACUCGUCGAAGCAUUGCCCACAAUCACCACCAUCUCACUUCAGCUCUGCCGGUGAGGAAGAAACUAUAGACACACACAGACAACCAUCUGCGCAUUCAUGGAUUUCAUGUCAGUGAGGGUGUGGAGUGUGCUCUGUACGCCUUCGACGGCCGCAAGGAACCCCAGAAGCUCAUCGACUUCUCGAACAAGAAAUUCUCGGAGACCGUCGCGGUACACACAGCACGAUGUUCCGUUUGCUCCGUCAAGCAAGCUCCCUUCGAGUGGGCAUGUGUCUCAUGUCGUGCAGACGGCCAUAAUUCGCUAUGAGACGGAGGACAGGUCAACCAAUCUCUACGGAGUCAUCAAACACUGUGUCGACGUCCUCAUGGUGAGAACUGACCGUCUUCCACAGCAUCCUCCGUCUGCGUGUCUCUGCAGGCCCGGCUGAAGCGCGAAGCCUCUAAAGAGGAGACCACUGUACAAGCAGCGGCACUCAUACUCUUCUCCGACGGCAAAGUGAGCAUACCAAUCAUGUCUCCCCACGCCACCGUUCCUCUGUUUCUCUCCUCCCAUCCAUUGCCAGGACCUGGCCCGUCGCAGCAGCCGGAGUGCGGCGAUCAAGGCCGUCAACGACGGUCGAGGGCCCAUCACCUUCUUCUCAGUCGCCGUCCCGCCCAAGCCAGGGUCGAGGAGCGAUGAGGACUUCCUCUACGCGUUUGCCGGCGGGAAGGAUUCGGGGGCCAUCUACCGGCCCAAGGACGAGCGAGACCUUAAGAAACAGUUCGAGCAGCUGUUCAGCGACCUCUACGAUCUCACCAACAGCUUCUAUGUUAUCGGUCAGAAGUAGCCGAACGAACGAAGGAGGGGAGUCAUAUCAAUCAACGAACGUGUCUCUUGGGGUUUUCUUUCUGUCUGACAGGGUUUUGCAGUGCGUUGCGUAACGACGAGACGCACAAGGUGAACGUGACGGCCUACAGAGGAGGUGCGCCAGGUCUCGCUACUGACUAACCAACCAACCAAGCAGCAACCACAUUUGCCACAUCAAUUAUGUCUCCCCCUUGUUCCCCUUUGCCUUGUCAGGCCUUGCUGGCUAUGCCCACGGCGAUUUCUCCUCAUCUGGCUUCAAGGGCGGCUGCAGCGAGGUGACUGAACGUGAAGACAAGCCACAGAGGGAGCCACCAUUUUGGCUGAUAAGUAGGGGACACACCUUUCUCUCUCUGCUUCCGUUCAGACCUUGCUGCGUGAUGACGCCCAGGGAGCCCGACCCAGGUCGCCCAAUUCGUCCAAGAAGCGGAAGAAGGGCAAGAAGCGGCGAAUGCAGCGGCGAGAGGCCCGCCCACCGGUGCAGAAAGGACUGGUGUACAACUCCUCUCUCUAUGCGAUGGUGAUGAUGGUUGCGGUGCUGUGCGUGGCUGUGGCUGUGGCGUGGCUGGUGUUGAGAGGGGGAAAAGAUAAUACACGGGUGGCUGACCAAGGAGCGAAUGUGGGGGCAUAGCAGUCGUGACACUCGCCUGUUUCUGGUGAUUUUUAGUGCUUUUUUCAAGGACGGUUGUCCGUGUUGUUUGUUCGUUGUAUAUUGUGC